AUGGAGGUGAAACUAAAGUUGCAAGUAGAGCUCCAUCACGUUUUACAUCUGCUGAAUAUUUCUGGUUUUAGGAGGCUCAAGUCUUUUGCUUUAUUUAGGGUUGAGUUACUGAGUUAUAAAUUGUUUCAAAACUUUGUAUCCAGUUUUUCCUUUCUUGAGAAUUUGGAAAUGGAAGGAUGCAUUUUCUGUGACUUUAAGAUCCUUGAUAUGUCUGGUACAAGUUUGAAGCUUCUAAGCAUAAAUACGAUAGUUUUUCCGAUCAUGGUUGGUGGCAUUGGUUUAAAAAAAUGUGAAAUUAAGGUUGCUUGUCCAAGUCUUGUGUCCUUGGAUUUCAUUGGUCCUUUUGCAUGGGACUUCUCCUUUCAGGAACUAAACUCUUUACAGAAUGUGUUCAUUUACUUAGAAACUAUGCCUCAGAAGACACCGGUAUUACAAUGUCAACAUGUUACACAUAAAAUCCUCGAAGGACUUCACAACAUCAAAGUUUUGAAACUAGCAGGGGAGUUUCUGGAGGCAUGUUUACUUUUCUUUGUGCUUGCUGUGCCAUUCCAUCAUUUGAAGUCUUUAAAUCUGUCUGUCUUCACGGUUUGCUGGAACGUGCAAUCAAUAAUCAACUUGCUGAAUUUCUCUCCAAAUCUUGAAGCUCUUAAAAUAUUUUCUGAAUGGGUAAUUUCAACUCGUAAAAUCUUUUCUACUGUUAUACUAAUUUCUUUUUGCUCAUUUUUAUUUUGCCUUGAGAUACAGUGUGAACCAAGCAAAUGUUUUCAUAUACCGAAUAAAGCAAUUUCAUGCUUGACAUGUCAUCUCAAGGUGGUUGAGCUAGGUGAGUUUGAAGGUAAUGAAAAUGAAGUUGUGGUGAGAUUUUUGCUGAAGAAUGGACAUGAAUUGCAAAAGAUGCUUAUUACCUCGAUGGAAGAGGAAGACAUUAAGAAUUGCUGCUUUGAUAUUCUUCAAGUCUAAGUCAACAGAAGAUUCAGUAGAUGAAUUUUAUGUGGCAUAUGAGUAAUAUGCAGUUGAUUAAAAACAUGAAAUAUAUUUUUGAGUUGUUCCAUAAAUUUUAUAAUAUAAUAUGGGAAUAGUAGCAGUAACGGCGGCUGCCUAAGUUUGUUUUUUAAUUUUUAGAAA